AUGCCGGACCAGGCUCCCGAUCGGACUGGCACAAAGGCCAUCGAGUCGAUAAAGGAAAAUCUGAAUUGUCAAACCAGAACCAAGCCCGAAUACGGCUACGGCUACGGCGUAAACACCCAGAUCCACCCUACGGAGGGCGUGGAGCCACACGACCCACCAGCGGAAGAAGCAGCAUCGAUCCCCCGACAAGAUACCGAGGACGAUGAUGAGAUAUACUACCACGAGAAUGGGGCGUCGUAUAUGAUAUUGAUGUCGGAAACGCAAAACCGAUCACGUUGGGAUCCCGGAAAGUACCCACACGUGAUUGUUCGCAAGAGUAACGGCGUGGAUAUCAGGCUGUGCAUCGACUACAAGCUGGUAAACAGCCUCACGAGGUUGAUGGUCUAUCCUAUGCCUCUGAUCAGCGAUCCGCUAGAGAACAUCGACAAGGCGUUGUGGUAUUGCUCACUGGAUAUGGCCAGUGGUUUCUGGGUCGUGCCCAUGACGGAUCGGGCUCGCGAGAUCGCAGCAUUUAUCACUCCGUUUGGCCUAUUCGAGUGGGAUCGCAUACCUUUUGGCCUAAAGAAUGCCCCCAGAUCUAUCAACGCCUCGUAG